CCAGGAAGUGAACAACACGCGCCAAAAAACGAACACUCUUUUAACUUUAUACGGCACUUUUUUCUCUUUAAUUUUAUUUAUUAUUAGAGCUUUGUAUUUGUGAUUGUAUAGUCGUCUCUCUCCUCUGGGGCGUAGUCCGGGUCACAAACUCGAACAACUCAGAGCUCGAACUCAUUCGGAGAGAGGAGAGAGAGUCAAUCUUCAAACACAAAAAAGUGUAUAUUCUGCGAAAAUUUGGGGUUUCUCUCUCAGAUCUUUCUGCAAACUGCAAUCAUGAGCUCAGUUGUGCAAGGCUUUUCGAAGUCUCUAGCCAUGACCGUGCUAUCUGAGAUUGGCGACAAGACGUUCUUCGCUGCCGCCAUCUUGGCGAUGCGUCAUCCACGGAGACUUGUCUUGUCUGGAUGCCUGGCAUCUUUAAUUGUGAUGACCAUUCUUUCUGCUGUUGUUGGCUGGGCUGCUCCAAAUCUUAUCUCUAGGAAAUGGACGCAUCACAUAACGACAGUGUUGUUCUUUGGAUUUGGUCUGUGGUCUUUAUGGGAUGGAUUUAUGGAGAAUGGGGAGGCUGAAGAAUUGGCUGAGGUUGAAGCAAAACUAGAUGCUGACUGGAAUGCUAACACAGGAACGGCCGAGGAGAGCAGUAAGACUGAUGAUGAAUUGAAAAAGAAGAGGCGGCCAUUUCUUGCACAAUUCUUCUCUCCCAUUCUUCUGAAGGCAUUUUCCAUCACAUUUUUUGGUGAAUGGGGCGAUAAGAGCCAGCUUGCUACCAUUGGUUUGGCUGCAGAUGAGAACCCAUUUGGUGUGGUUCUGGGUGGCAUUGUAGGACAAGCAUUGUGCACCACUGCUGCUGUCCUUGGAGGAAAGAGCUUGGCAUCUCAGAUAUCUGAGAAACUUGUUGCGCUAUUGGGUGGAGUUCUUUUCAUUGUUUUUGGAAUUCAAUCCUUCCUCACAGUAGAGUCUUGAUGACUUACUAAUGGUAUCGCAAACUUACAUGUUGACCUUCAGAACUCCCAUUUUCCAAGUCAUGGACAUGGAGUAUGAUUAUGCGUGAUCUCAUUGGAAGUGAACUUUUAUGAGGAGUUAAAAUAUAUUCAAAGAACGAAAGCUUUGUGAUGUUGGUAUCACCUUGGCAAUGCCAAUGUCCUAUGUUUUAUUUUGACUUUCGUAAGUGUUUUCUUUUUCAUUAUUUUUUAUUUUUACAAUAUUUGGACGUGCAAACUAACGAUGAAAAGGUAACAAUGAAACGAAAAGUAAUUUAGUUAUUUAUCACCAACCAUGUGGACCUUCAUGCCA